AGGGUGAGAAAAAGAUUGGAAAAUGGAUUGAAAUGUCUGAAGGGUUUGAUUAUUAUAAUUAAGUUACCUAUAUUGGUGAAUAUGAUUAACAGGGUUUAAAAAUAGGUAAAUGGGAUAUAUGGUUUUAAGAGGCUUGUGGAAAAAAAGAACAUAAAUAAAUGUAAAUAUCGUUGAAUUAUAGAAUAAUAUUUAAGUGGUGGUGGAUCAUAUGAAUAUGAAGAGGGUGAGAAAAAGAUUGGAAUGUGGGUUGAAUAGGGGAAUGGUUUUUGGAAUGAAGCUUAGGUGAUUUAUUCUGGGAAAUAUGAUAAGAAAGGUAAAAAGGUAGGUAGAUGGGAUAUUUUGUAUAAAGGGGAAUACGAUUUAGCAUAUUAGCAAAUGUAAAUAUUAUAUCAGGAUAGCAAUAUUUAGUGGUGGUGGAUUAUACCAAAAAGGCUAGUUAAAGAUUAAGAGGUGGAUUGAAUUGUGGGAUGGUUUUUGGAAUGAAGCUAAAAUCACAUAUAAUGGUGAAUAUGAUUUAGAAGGGAUAAAGAUAGGUAAAUGGAAGAUUAUGUAUUGCGAGAAGGGAAAAAAGUAAUAUCAAUAAAUGUAAAAUUAUUAUUUAUAAAACAAUAUUCAGAGGUGGUGGAUCAUAUGAUUCAAAUAAUUUGAAGAUCGGGAAAUGGGCUGAAGUUUUUGAAGGGUUUUAUUAUAGGAAAUAGGUUCUUAAUAUUGGCGAAUAUGAUUAGAAAGGUAUCAAGGUUGGUAUAUGGGAUAUAAUGUUUUAAGAGAUUUGUGGGAAAAAAGGAUUUAAAUAAAUGUAAAUAUUAUUGAAGUAUAGAAUAAUAAAUUAGUGGGGGUGGAUUUUAUAAAAAGGGUUAGAAGAUCGGAAUGUGGGUUGAGUUAGAUGACAGAUUUGAUUAUUAUAAUUAAGUCAUUUAUAAAGGUGAAUAUAAUUAAAAAAGUAUAAAGAUAGAUAGAUGGAAUAUUUACUUUAAAAGCGAAUAUUAAGAGGAAUAUAAAUAAAUGUAUUUACUAUAAAAUAACUUAGUGGUGGUGGAUUAUAUGAAGAGGGCCAGAAGGUAGGGGACUGGGAAGAAAUAAGUGAAAAGUUUUACAUGAAAAAAUAAAUCAUCUACAAAGGUGCAUAUGAUAGUAAAGGUAUGAAAAUUGGUAUUUGGGUGGUGAAGAAUUGAGACUCGAAAAACAAAAAAUGAC